CUGAAGGGGGGAAAAAAACGAGCCAGUUACAAGGACUGCUAUUGAUGUGGAAUAAGGGAGUUGCUCUUUUCAUGCAGCAGCACUUGAUAAGACUGAAAAUACUGCUAUCACCAAACCUCAUUGAGACUCAUCUUAAAAGCCUUUGCCUGGGGCUAGAUACUUGGACUGCUCAGCUUUAUUGGGGGUGUCAGUUUUUACUUCCAGUCGACAUCUGUACAAAAUGGAACCCAACAGUCCUAAAAAGAUACAGUUUGCUGUGCCAUUAUUUCAGAGUCCGUUGGAUCCAGAAGCCUCAGAACAGAUCAGAAAGAGACGUCCGACACCAGCGUCCCUGGUCAUCUCAAAUGAGCCGUCACCGCCAGAAAUCAAUGACAACAGGACGACCGGUACACACGAAGAGAAUGUUUCCCCCAAACAGAGGAAGCAAAGUGUCUACUCGGCCCCUGCCAUGAAAGGCAUGAAUGAGCAGACUAAAUCUUUAAUUUAUACUGAUGACAAACAGCAAACUAUAACAGAGAGAACUGAACUUCUUAAGAAACCAAGACGAAAAGAUACUCCAUACCAUCUUGACUUGCCAUUAUUUCCAGGGGUUACACAGAUGAAAAAACAGGAAGAGUUUUCUUUUCUCGAGGAAGAAGAACAGAAUGCUGAAGAUGAAGAAUGUGACCACUGAAUACAUAUGCCUCCAUUUUUUAUUACUCAUAAGAACUAUAAUUGCAGACUAUUUUGUCAUCCUCUGAUAACAUAUUGGGAAGUAUUUGUUUCUCAGCAUUGUAUCAGGUGGUUUUUAUAAGAGGGAUUUCUUCCAUGAACUGUAGAACAUCAGUACAUGACUUCUUCAUAAUCAGAUACAGAGUGAAAGCAGAUACAUGAUGCCACAUCCUCCAGAUUUGCUGUAGUACUGGAUUAACUUUAUUAUUCCUACUAACCGGCUAACAAAUGCUUGCAGUGAGAAGACAAUCAUCUGUAAAUAGUA